CCGACCUAAAGCGAACUGUCUCCUCCCUCUCCUCCCUCGUCAUCCGCAUUCAACUACCACUUUACAACUUUUGCAUUGCGAUUUCUCGUUUACUAGGCUACUACUGCUACUACAAUUAGGAAAUACCAACCCAUGAAGACGCUUGCAUCACCAGUUUUCCAGCUUGCUGCUACAAACGGGUUUUAAAACAGCGCGACUCCCCUCCCUCCCCCCGAACCAGCAUUUACGCAGUCUGGAUCGCUUCCUUGGCGUCUUUCAGAUUGGCGUUUUGUUUUCCUAGCGUUUUAGGUUUUUAAUUUUUUGGUUUAAAAUGUAUCAGUGUGUGCGGAAGUUGUUUUUCACGGAUUGCCACUGCGCGCAGGAUGCAACGAAAACAUACGAGGAGCUUUUCGCGAAAUUAGACACGAAUAAGGAUGGAAAAGUGGAUGUCUCCGAGCUGCGGGAAGGCCUGGCCGCAAUGGGGUUCAAGACCGGGAAGGGAGCCGCGCAGAAAAUCGUUUCCUCCGGAGACAAGGACAAAGAUGAGGGGCUGGACUUUGAGGAGUUUUCUAAAUAUCUGAAGGAGCACGAGAAGAAGCUGCGCCUCACCUUCAAGAGUCUGGACAACAACGAUGGUCGAAUAGAUUUCAUGGAGAUAAAACAGUCUUUGGCAGAUCUGGGUUUGGACAUCAGUAAAGAGGAGGCAGAGAAGAUUCUACAGAGUAUUGAUGUGGACGGCACCAUGACUGUGGACUGGUCUGAGUGGAGAGAGCACUUCCUGUUUAACCCGGCCACAAACCUCCAGGAGAUCAUCCGCUACUAACACACCACGGUGCUGGACAUUGGGGACAGUCUGACCAUCCCUGAUGAGUUCACUGAAGAGGAGAAGACCUCAGGGCUGUGGUGGAAGCAGCUCUCUGCAGGAGCCAUGGCCGGAGCUGUGUCUAGGACGGGGACGGCCCCUCUGGACAGGAUGAAGGUUUUCAUGCAGGUCCAUGCAUCCAAAAGCAACAAGAUCAGCCUGGUGGGCGGCUUUAAGCAGAUGUUAAAAGAGGGCGGAGUCACGUCUCUGUGGAGAGGAAACGGCAUCAACGUCCUCAAGAUCGCUCCAGAGACGGCCAUCAAGUUUAUGGCCUAUGAACAGUACAAGAAGCUGCUCUCCAGUGAACCUGGAAAAGUCAGAACACACGAGAGGUUUCUGGCUGGGUCUUUGGCCGGAGCCACUGCACAGACGGCCAUCUACCCCAUGGAGGUGAUGAAAACCCGUCUGACACUGAGGAAGACGGGGCAGUAUUCUGGAAUGUUUGACUGUGCCAAAAAGAUCCUGAAGAGAGAAGGGGUCAAAGCGUUUUACAAAGGGUACAUCCCCAACAUCCUGGGCAUCAUCCCGUACGCAGGCAUCGACCUGGCUGUCUAUGAGUCCCUGAAGAACAUGUGGCUGUCUCGUUACGCCAAAGACAGCGCCAACCCCGGGAUCCUGGUGCUGCUCGCCUGUGGCACCAUCUCCAGCUCCUGUGGGCAGGUCGCCAGUUACCCCCUCGCCCUCAUACGCACGCGCAUGCAGGCGGCAGCGUCUGUGGAGGGCUCGGAGCAGAUGCCGAUGGGGAGGAUGGUGAAGAAGAUCGUGGAGAAAGAGGGAUUUUUUGGACUUUACCGUGGAAUUCUCCCAAACUUCAUGAAGGUUAUUCCAGCUGUAAGCAUCAGCUACGUGGUCUAUGAAUACAUGAGGUCAGGGCUGGGCAUACAGAAGUGACCGGCCAAUCAGAAACACAGGAAAGAUCACAUGUUUACCCCUUUUAACACGUUUCAGUGGAGCCAUAAUUAAUUCUGUCCAGUUUUUAUCUCUUGUUUACAAAGUGCAGCUUUAAAAUAAAAUGUGUGGUUCGUCUUGCCAAUAGUCAGUGUUCUACUUACUGUAUAUGAGCCGACUUCCUACUGUGGAUGAGGAGACAGGCUGAUCGACUAAGUAAGUGAAAGACUUAUUAGAGUAUUGCAUUUAGAAAAAUUGCUUGAGGAUUAUAAAAAAUAUUAACAAGCAAAAUAACCUUUUAAUCAAAAAAUAGACUAGUAAGAGAAAUUUUUUUUUCAUUAUGAAUUUUUUGUUGCACUGGGAAACAUACGUCCUUACUGUGAGCGGGCUUGCAGCUCCGCAAACCUGUCUUCAUCUUGCUUGUCUCCAUAGAAAUGUGGAGAUUUUGUUCCUUUGGCUAUAAUAUUCCACAGUGCAGCAUUAAACUCAUCUACUGCCAUCUAUGAUUAAACUUUCUAUUUCCAUAGAAUCAUCAUAAUGCACGACCUCCAAAAAGUGACGUGGUGUUGCUUUAAGCGUGGAUCUCACUCCAUGAGCGCUAGUCUGACCUGGACACAACACAGCACUAAAACAUUUAGUGUUACAAUUAGGAGCGGGACCACACUUUGAACAGUUAUAUUGUAAAUCAGCAGCUGUUCAUGCUGAUUUUCCAGACUAUAAAUUGCACCAGCCAAAAAAAGCGCAAUGAAGAAGAAAUAAUCCGGACUAUAAAUCUCACUUUUUGGGGAAAUGUAUUUUAUAAAAUCAGAGACCAGGAACCGACAUUUCAUCUUGAAAAGCAAGUUCUAGUAACAACAACAGAACGGAGAACAACAGACUGAACAGGCUUUAAUAUGUUAACGUCACAUAUGAACAUUUCUUCAGAUAACUAUAGCAUAAACAAUAUAACAUACGUUUACCAAACUCACGAUCUCACUCCAAAUCACUAAAUCCAUUGAAUUCUUCAUCCUCUGUGUCACUUCUGCGCAACCUCCAGAGAUAAACCAUAGAUCCAUGAUGUAAACAGAGCGCCGCUUCCUCUUCUGUGUAGCUGUUGUCAGACUCAGCAUCAGUUCCAGUUAGAACUGAUGGUUUCGGUUGUCAUUAAAGUUCAGGCUUUGUCGAUUCAUCCAGUGACUUCCAGGAAAGUUUCAUGGUGUAUCCGCCUGGUUGCUAUGACGCUGUGCUCUCCAUCCCCGCUUUCCGCCAGUCCCUCACAAGUUUCUCGCUCACUCCAAACUUUCUUUCUGCUCUUGCAGCGAGACAGCGGACUUUUCUACAGGAAACAUGCGCAGUAGAGUGAAGUGACAGUGGUACAGGAGCAAUAGUACGAGAUACUGACACACAAGACUAGAGCGCCCUCUCGCGGCUGUCAGUCUGAAAAUUUAAAAAUAUCGCACCAGAGUAUAAGUCACAGGAAGCACCCAAACCAUGGAAAAAAGUGCAACUUAUAGUCUGAAAAAUAUGGUGUUAUUAUUAUUAUAAGUAGGUAGAACACUGACUAUGUAUUUGUACAAUCAUACUUACUAUACUAUAUUUGUAACUUUUUACCAAACAGCACUUUUGACCUGAGUUACAAUCAAAGAGUGUAUAUAUAAAUGGACAUGGCUAAUGUGCCCGUCACCCCAUUCCAAAUAGAAAGUUCUCAUGCGGCUCUUCUGGCUCCUUCUGACUCUGGCUCCCAUUGACUUACAUUGUAAUAUUGUGGCUCCUCUCUCUCUACCUGCUGCUGUGAGCCUCAUCAUUUUGGUCUUAAAAUGUUUGUAAUAACCCGCGACACAUGAUCCUGGUGUUUUAGUUUUGCUGAUUGGUAAUUAAAAAAUCCUAUUCAUUAGGGAUGUAACAAUAACCAAAAUAUCGUGAUAUAUCAUCAAGUCUCACAAUAAUACCGUGGGCUGUCACAAUAUAUCAAAUUACAAAUUCCUUUGCUUAAAUGCAGGUUUUAUAGUACCAAUGGCUAAUAAACAUCAGGAACUACAUAUCCCAUGAUUUAUUUCAGCGCAGACAACAUUAUUAUGACAGUAAUAAUUCACAUUAAAUUCUUGUCAGGGUAUUUUAAAAGCAAAAAAGUGUCCUAUCUAAAAGUACAUCAGCUUCUCCAAAAUAUUACAAUAAAUAUCGUACUGUGAGAUGCAUAUCGUGAUAAUAUCGUACUGAGCUUCAUUUGACUUGAGCCGAACGCUGUGGGUGACGUCACACUCGCUAGUCCACUUCUUUAUACAGUCUAUAGAACCAAAGUAAUGAACCUGAGAAAAUGGAAUAUGCAAUGCGUUUAGCAAUCUACAUUUAAUCAUACAAGAUGUCCAAAAAUAUUUGUAUUAAAAUAAUUUCUUCCAUUUAGAAACAUGUUGAAAAGACAGAAAAAGAAAGUGCAAUACUGUAUUUCCAUCUAGAUGCUGUUUGAGAUUGGUCAGAUUUAAGGUGCCUUUAAAAUGUUAUUGUCCCCAAGAUUAUAAUAAUGCCUUUAUUUUCAAUGUUUGGUUUGUUAGAAAAUAAUGUUUACUUUAAUAAAAAUGUUCAUAUAUUUUAA